GACACUCAGUCCUCGAGAUCGAGAGUCGAGAUCAAGAAUCGAGAGUAUAACAAACAAAAACAACAACAAACUCAACAAACGCCUGCAGACGUUUGAAUUUUUUGAAGUUUCUGGAAAAGUGAAGCCUUUUGUAUUUUUCAGAUUUUUAAUUUUCUCCGUACAGUAACCUUACCAAUUCACAAUGGCUCAUUACAAGGGUGCUGCCAGUGAGGCAGGUCGAGCAAUGCAUCUCAUGAAGAAACGUGAGAAGGCUCUGGAAGAAAUUGAGCUUCGCAAGAAAAAAAUUGAAGAAGAACUUAAAAUAAGCAAUAUUGAAAAUAAAUUUGCUGCUCAUUAUGAUGCUGUUGAACAACAGCUCAAGAGCUCAACCAUUGGUCUUGUCACCCUUGAUGAAAUGAAAGCCAAACAGGAAAAUAUUGUCAAAGAGCGUGAACGAAAAUUAGCACAGAAACAAGCUGAGAAAGACCGUGAGAAACAACGAGCCUUAGAGGCUAAGCAAGCAGAAAAAGAUCGUCAGAAAAGACAGAUACAAGCCCUGUCGUUUACUAUGGAGGAGGAUGAAGAUGAAGAGGGCAAAGAGGAUGAAGAUGGAACACCAUCUAGUCCUUCCAAAGCUGGAACUAGUGGAGCAUCAAGUAAAGAAAACAUAUCUGGUGUAGAGAUAAAAAAAGAGCCUCUGGAUGAAGAAUUGACUGAAUAUAUGUCUGCCUAUGAAAAGCAGGCAAUUGAUGAAAUGAUGGGUGAAUUAACGGGUGGGAUUAAACGAGAAAAUGAUGAUGAGAAAGAACAAAAAUACACAGUACCUGCAAGGAAAAAAAUUAGGAAAAAUCCUGAUGUUGAUACAAGCUUUUUGCCAGACCGUGAAAGAGAAGAAGAAGAAAAUAGAUUGAGAGAGGAACUGAGACAGGAAUGGGCUGCUAAACAGCAACAACUGAAAGAAGAAGAAAUUGAAGUUACUUUCAGUUAUUGGGAUGGUUCUGGUCACAGAAGAACAGUUCGAAUGAAAAAAGGUAACUCUAUUUACCAAUUCUUGCAAAGAUGCUUGGAGAUUCUGCGUAAGGAUUUCAGCGAACUAAAGACAGUGAUGGCUGACCAAUUAAUGUAUGUUAAAGAGGACCUCAUUUUACCCCAUCACUACACAUUCUAUGAUUUUAUUGUGACGAAGGCUCGUGGUAAAAGUGGACCACUUUUUACUUUUGAUGUCCACGAUGAUGUAAGGAUGACCAAUGAUGCAACUCUGGAGAAAGAGGACUCUCAUGCAGGCAAAGUUUUACUGAGGCACUGGUAUGAACGUAAUAAGCAUAUCUUUCCAGCCAGUCGAUGGGAACCGUAUGAUCCAACUAAGACAUAUGCUAAAUACACAAUAUCCGAUAAACAUAAGAAAAAACAGUAGUUUUUACAUUUAUUGACUUAAAAUUAAUUUGUUACAAUUUUGUUUUUCAUAUCAAGGCAAAACGUCCUAUCUCUCUGAUUGCAUUGAUUUGUACCACUAUUUGCUGAUUAUUAUGAAAUCACUUAUUAAAGAUCGUCCUGUUUUUCUAUCACA